CCUGAUCAGGCUCCGUCUGUCGCCUUUUCUUCAUCCAUUCAAUCAUCUUCCACGCUACUAUUGGCGACGCAGGGCCUGAGCAAGUCAGGUCUCCAGCUGGUAAAUGCAGUGAUGUUGAUGCCAACGAAUGCAACGAGGCCAAGGACUCGGAUAAUGAUCCAAAGAAUUCGGACCCGCAGCCAAUGGAAGAGAUUGUAGAAGGGCAAAUAUACCUUAGAACAUGCGUCAUUAUUCACAUUGCCGUGCCAUGAUCUUCAAUUGCCCUCCAAGUCUUAAUGAACCCAUGUCCGAAAGCCUGCGUCAAAAGCAUCGCAUCACGCACAUGCUUACUCUUUCCAACACCUAUUUCCAAACUGAACAUCGCCAUGAUCUAGUUCUUGUCGUACGUCAAGACGGUAAUGAGGACUUCUAUUCUUACUUCUAUGAGGCGGUUGACUAUCUUCAUAGCGUAUUAAUGAGGCAGGGAAAGGUGCUUAUGCAUUGUAUCCUGGAGAUCUCGAGAGGCACCAUCAGUGUGGCGGCAUAUCUCUCAAAAACCGGGAGAACCAACUUUUCCAAAAGAGUCAAAACCUGAUUUGGCCAUGGACGUAGCAGCUCAAAGAGCGGGAAAGAGGGAUGAUAUCAAGACAGCUGAUCGUUGUUCUCGUCGUUCCUCAUUGUGUUGAUUCAAAAUUUCGAACGAGGCGCUCUACCGCGCCAUGGCACACAUAAGUAAACGCAAG